UGACGUCUCUAAUCCAAAACUAGUUUCCUGAUCCUCGCAGAAAGCCAUAAACUUCAAACGUGUACACCAAAAAUAAAAAGUAAAGAAUUAAAAAAUAAUAAUCCUCCGAGCAGGAAAGUGGAAAUAUCUCUUCACAUCAUUGAUGAUCGUCAUUUUUUUCCCGUCUUCCAAACAAACAUCAGUCUUUAUUUCCACGACUCUUUUGAAAAACGCCGAAGGAUUUAUUAAUUCUCCUUUUCGUUUUCAAAUUCGGGAUCUCUUGAAUCUGACUGGAGCUUUCAACUGUUGUUCCUAUUAACUCCUAGAUCCGAAUCCGACCAAACACGUUUUUUGCUCUCUUACGGGACAUUUUUUUUAGAAUUACAGCAUUUUGACCAACCCGGAUCUCUGGUAAAGAUUAGCAGAUGAAAUUAUAGAUCUUGAACUGUAAUGUAGCUUCGAAUCCGAUUCCUUGAGUUAGUUAAAGCUUAAACUUUGAUCGGUUUCGCUUGUGAAUUCGCGAGUUGGCCAUGGUUUUCUGGGAAGGAUAUGUGAGCGACGAAGCGAUGGGCACGUUUGCCCCAAUCGUGGUGUACUGGUUGUACGCGGGGUUUUAUCAGCUGCUGCCGCCUCUGGACAAUUACCGCUUGCAUUCUAAGAAAGAGGAGGCAGUGAAGAAUUCGGUGCACCUCUCGUCUGUGGUCAAGGGAGUUUUGCUGCAGCAACUCGUCCAGGCGACCGUUGCCCAGGCGCUCUUCCUGUUGACCUCAAAGGCUGAUACAUCAGGGAUCACGAUUCAGCCUUCCAUUCCUGUCCAAAUUGUACAGAUUGUGGUUGCAAUGUUUGUGAUGGACACAUGGCAGUACUUUGUGCAUCGCUACAUGCAUCAGAACAAAUUUCUGUACCGCCAUGUGCACUCCCAGCAUCACAGGCUGGUUGUACCCUAUGCAAUUGGGGCCCUUUACAAUCACCCGCUUGAAGGUCUGUUGCUCGACACUUUGGGCGGAGCUAUAUCUUUUCUGGUCUCAGGAAUGACUGCAAGAACGGCUGUGAUUUUCUUCUGCUUUGCCGUUGUUAAAACUGUCGAUGAUCACUGUGGUCUUUGGUUGCCUGGAAAUAUCUUCCAUAUUAUCUUCCAGAACAACAGUGCUUAUCAUGACAUCCAUCAUCAACUCCCAGGCUUGAAGUACAACUAUUCUCAGCCUUUCUUUCCCAUAUGGGAUAAACUUCUUGGAACCUACAUGCCAUACUAUCUUGUAAAACGACCCGAAGGGGGUCUUGAGGCAAGAGCAAUGAAAGACUAGAUGUUCACUAACAAUCUCUGUGUAUUAUUCUAAUCUCUCACUCGAACGGGGAUCGGGCUUUUUUGAUGUCUCUCAAUUUGUGGUGUAGCUGAUGGACCUAUUUAUUUGAGGCUAACGUUGUAGGCAUCUAGUAGAAGUGGAUUUGAGUUCAAUCCUCUUUCGAUUGCUCU